AUGGCUGAAGGAAGCGGCGGGCUGGUGCCCCCUCGGUACGACCUAGACGCCAAGUGGGACGCUUGCGUUGACCUCUCCCUCCAUCGGUUCGCGUACUCCGCCCUCGCCGGAGCCUUCGGCGGCCUGCUCCUCUUUCGUCGGUGCUCCACUUCUCUCGCUGUCGCCUCUCCCACCACCUCGUUCUUGUUCUGACUGAGUGCACUCAUCCGCUCUUCUUCUUGGCAUCAGAUUCCCUUCCCACGCAUCACUACGUUUUCCUUGAUCUUUCCUUUGUGCUGAAGUAUUAGAUUCUCGAUCGCAUUUUGGAUGUAUCAUUCAAAAACGUUAGGGUUGUAUCAUUCGGUGCGCAUUUAGGAUAUUUAUCGCUCUCUUGCGAUGAAUUAACGGAGCGGUUGUUGGCAACUUACGGGAAAGAUUUUUGUGCUAAUUGUGGCUUCGCUUUGUGAAUACUUCGAGUGGCGCCGGUUGGUUCUCGCGUCAGAGCCGGGAAGGGGCAGUUGUUAUCAAGCUGCGCACAUUGAGCUCGUUAUUGAUUUUCUCCCACAUCGCCCCCCGAUUCUGAGUUUUCCACUCCUCACUACCUCAAAGUCGCUCCCAAUGCCUCCUUUUCUUGUACUGCUGAACAGCUUUUUUUUCUUCUCUCUCUCUCUCUCUCGCCUAAGAAAAUAUGGCCGGCAGGGAUGACCCUUCACAUCUGAAUCUAUCCUGAGGGCAGAACUGUCACGAAAGGAACCGUGAUCGUUCGCUUCUGAUCGUGUUAGCCAUCAUUUUUUCACCGUCUAUACCUUUAUUCCUCCACUCCAUGAAUGCUGAGGUAUGAGUUUAGCCACCUGUUGGCCUAGAAGCCACUGAAUGUACAGAUUUCCUGUAACAACCAAGCAACUAUAUAAAACGUUCCAUCUCUUCAUUUAUCACUUAAAAAAUUGAUCCCUUCACUGCGCCUUUGCAUGAAUGUCAUUGUGUGAUGUUAUCCCCGUCCAAAGUGGAAGAUGCUGAAAACUGGAGUGAACACUUGUUUCUACUUGCAGAUGUGCGCUCGUGUUUUGAUCUUCAGCGAUUACAAUGUAUUUAGACCUCUUUUACCCUCGAAAAAUAAUUCUUGUAUGCGGAAUGCGCUUGUAUCUCCGAGGACAUCGCUCAUGAACCUCAGCAUCCUCUUCCUGCAGCCAUAGCAGCAUCUUUGCAAAAUAGUAUUUCACUUGAGCCUCUUCUUUGGUUUUUUGACAAUUUGGCAUCAAAUUUUUUUACUGUACUACUCUCAACUUCAUGAUACCAUCAUAGACAUGUGAUCCAAUGACACAACACCUGCGGCUUAUCAAUAUUAUAUAAAAUAGCAUGUUAAGUGGACGUUAGAUUUCCAUUAAUUAUGGUCACAGAUUCACAUUAUUCAUAUUGGAUGCAAUAGAUGGUUCUGGUUCAAUAAAACUCCGGUCCUCUCUAUUAGUGCCCUAUGUUUUUCAUCUCGUGUGCUCAAAGUUGGCCAGCAGUAAUCUACUUUUGAAUUUGCGUUGAAUCCUCUUAGUCCAAUGAAUUUAAAUUGUCACUGAUGUUGUCAUAAUUUUCUGAUUUGCGUAGGCACACCAGCGUCACGAUGGGCGUCUGUAGCUUUUGGGGCUGGAGUUGGUUUGGGGUCAGCAUAUAUCGAGUGUUCCUACAUUUUUAAAGGGUCUUCUCCAAAGCAAUCGCCUAUUGAAACACCAGCUGUUCGUGCUGCUUCAUUUCAAGUAAGAUUUCUUGCCUUCCACACUUCUCCUUUGAAAUUAGUAUCCAUACAUUUUCUUAAUGUUUACAACAUCUAAUUUAACUCGCGUGGAGAGCCCGUGGGAGAUGAUAACAACCCUGGGUAAGAAAGAGACUUGGGAAGUAGGGUGUUUUGUGAGGGAAAUGGGAAGGCGUGGCUUGGGAAGAAGAAACAUGAAUAAUAAGGAUGAAUACUUUGCCGAAUUCGGUAUUUUUUGAUGGGGAAAUUCUGGCAUAUGGUACAUGUCUUCUUUUUUAUUUUGAGUUCAGCAUCACUGAAACAAGGAAUAGGUGAUGUACGCCAGAGAGGGCAAUCAAGUUCAAUUGCCGCAAGGUCUCACCCAAAAUCACUUUGAUCCUCAAGCAGCUCUCUUGUUCCUACCAUUUUCUCAGUCUGAUUCGGCUAAAAGUAAGCGACUUGAUGGUUGUUGUCUAACGCGAAUGUAGCAUACAGCAGUAUGUACAUGGGACUGCAUAGGACGAGCAACAAACCAUUAUUCUAUAUAAUUCGUAAUUUUAUCUUUUAUCCAUGUACAUAUUGGUUGCUAGAUGAUGACGCACAUAGUUUAAUCCGCCUUGUCAUGAAUCAGGGGUUGCCGAUUUAAUGGAGUGUUCUUAAGUAUACGCCGAGGAGCCCAUUCUUAAUCUACGAUUCUUGUUUCUUUUCAGGAGAAAAGAACUGAGGGAUAAGCGUCAGGGCCCCAAGCAGCAAGACUACGACUUUAUGGCCGGGCUUGGGGUGAAACCCGUGAGGGCAUUUCCGUCGUUUCAACCGAGUUCUCCUGUUACAUGAUUAUUCGCGUUGAAAUCAUUAGUGCAUUCUAUGAUCUCCACCGAUUAUCGUAGCAUACUUCUUAUGGGCAGCUUUGGAAAGAUAUUCUCCGGCUACAAUUUUGUCCCUUUUCCUUCUCGUUUGAGCAUCGUCAAGCUUGAAUCAAGCGCUCAUACCACGCCCUGUGGACCUGGCCGGAGACGACGGCCAACACCACGAGCGCCUCGGACAUCUCCACCAACUGGUCCGUAAGAACGGUGCCUCCCACGCGCCGGAGGGCCGACUCCGCCAUGACGCGGCCGCCGGGGCCGCCGCCGCCCAGCAACACCCCGCGCGCCGCCGUGUAGACCGCGCCGGCUACCUUGCAGAACACGCCGUCCCCAUCCUGCACGCUCUUGGCCAGCACCUUGGCCAUUACCUCCCUUUGGGACUGGAUAUGCCGCCCCUUGGCAACGAGCGUCUCGAUUAUCUCCUUAACUCCGACGUCAGCGUCGUCGUUCUCCAGCAGACGGCACAGCUCCUUCGCCGAACGGGAGACCGCCUCCUCCACCUCCGCUGCCGGGUUCUCGCCGAGAAGGGUCUGGCGGAGAACCAGGAGGCUGAAGAGAGAGACUCAUUUUUGUAUCAGAGGAGAGAGGUGAAGUGCAGCAGGGGAGAAGGAAGAAGAGGGCGGUUUGCCGACCUCGUGCAGAUGA